AGUUUUGAGGAAAGUUGAUUUGAUUCGUUAUCUAAACUAUUUUAUAAUAAUUUUAUUAACAUAAUGUCUACUCCGACAGAGUUAAGUUUUGACGAAAUAUUAAAGUUCAUGUUAGCACAUAAUGGAAAAGUGACAAAUUAUGAGUUGGUAAAACAUUUUAAAGUGUUUCUUAUGAAUCCCGACAUGAGAGAUGAAGCGAGGAACACUUUCAAGAAACACGUUAAUGCGUUGGCUAUUAUAAAAAAUCAGAACAAUGAGAAAUGGUUGAUUCUAAAAAAGAAGUACAUGACGAAUAACAGUAAAAAAGAAGAGGUGGCUGCUACUGACAGUGUACCAGAGUCUGAAGGCAACACCCAGUCGGUGCUGUACCAGCCCCCGCCUCCAUUACAACUCAAUCAAGACUUUAGUAUUUUAACAAACUUAAUCCAGACAAAUAAUGCUGUUCCAAGUAAUGAAACUCCCUCCCCGCUGCAUCAAAGUGAGUCUAGCAUCAGUUUAACUCUGCCCAGUGACAUUUUACCUGAGGAUGUCCCACCUAAAGUACACCCGAGACGAAAAUCUGCUGAUAAAGCAGCUGAAAAAAGGACAAACAUACCUGUAGCUGCCCUAGAACGGACAUUAUCAACCCCGAAUGAUGACAGUGUGUUGCCAAUAGCCGAGCCCUUGUCAGCUACUGUCAUAUCAAAAAGUGAAAGUAUGCUGGUUGACAAUGAACAGAUGAUCUCGGUAAAGGAGCGGAAGCAGAUGUUCAAUAGGAUGGCUUCAGAGGGAGACAUGCUAAAACAUCAAGUCAGCGGAAACUUGAGUGCGCAGAACAUUGAUGAGGAAGACAGGGUGUCACUGGAUCCGAAAAGCGAGACCGAUCCCCUGGACUCCAAACAGAAACAGUGGAUCCUGAACGCCGCUAGGGGCGAUUACCAUGCCUUGGCAAAGAUGUGUAAGGAGAACUCGAAGCUCGUUAAAACCAAGGUAUCUUUAUUAUUAUGUUAA